AGGCGUGCCAGCUGCCCAGCUGUAAACAUUUCAGCACAAGAAGAAGAAGAAGAAGAAGUGGAAGAAGAGGUGGAAAGAGGGCGAGUCGAAAAGGAGACACAUGCAUCUCCCUUUCACCCUGACCAUGCUGCCUGCACUCCAUUAGCUUUCUCCCCGCUCUCUCUAGAUUGCAUUCUGCAGAGGGAAGGAGGGAAGAAAGAAAGCAGCAGAGGGGUCUCUCUCUCUCCCUCUCUCUCUCCGAAUCCACCGUUUUUUGGGGCGUUCCUCCCUCUCCCGGCCCACUCGCUCUGUUGCACCGCACACUGCCCUGCACCUCAGCGUCCUCAGAGCUCUCCUUUGCAGAGCAGAAGGCAUGCAGCAGCGGAGGAGGGGAGCGCCUCUUCACAAAGGGACUCUCUGACCCUCGCGGCCGAUUAACUUGGGGGGGAUCGGGUUCUCUCUGCGGCAGGAAGGCGGAGGAGUGGAAGGUGGAGGAGGAGCAGCAGCAGCAGCCGGAGCAGAGGCGGCGGAGGCAACUCCGCAGGCCGCUCCUGGGAGGCCACUCUGGGGCUGCCGCGGAGCCGAGCGGGAGAGGGCGAGGGAGAGGGAGGCCGAGAAGGGCAGGGGGGGCCAUGGCUACCGGAGACAUCACCACCCUGCCGCCGAACCCGGACGACGGAGGCAGCGGAGGCUUCCCGCCAGGGAACUUCAAAGAUCCCAAGAGGCUCUACUGCAAGAACGGGGGCUACUUUUUGCGGAUCAACUCCGACGGCAGAGUGGAUGGAAUCCGAGAGAAGAGCGACCCCCACAUCAAACUUCAGCUGCAGGCCACCACCGUGGGAGAGGUGGUGAUCAAAGGCACUUGUGCCAACCGCUACCUGGCCAUGAACGGAGACGGAAGGCUCUUUGGAGCGAGACGACCGACAGACGAGUGCUACUUCUUAGAGCGUCUGGAGCCAAACAACUACAACACCUACAGGUCAAGGAAGUACCCGGACUGGUACGUGGCACUGAAACGGAAUGGCCAGUUCAAGCUCGGCUCCAAAACCAGCCUCGGGCAGAAGGCCAUUCUCUUCCUGCCAAUGUCAAUCAAAAAAUGAUCUGGACCUGGACCUUGGAGCUGCUCCUUAAUGUCUCAAAAGGGAUCUUGUGUGUGUGAGUGUGUGUUUUUUUUUUUUUUUUGAGAGAGAGAGAGAGAGAGAGAGAGAGAGAGAGAGAGAGAGAGAUGUGAAAAAGACUUGAAGAUGCGGUCUGUGCGACCAGCAGCGUAUUGACUGAUCCUGCAGCUGAAGUUCUUAACCAAUGGGAAUGUCACUACAAUAACAAAAUGUGAGUCUAACUAUGGCUGCUUGAUUACUAUAGAAUGGUGUAUUUUGAUAUAGUCUGAAUGGUUCACCGUUACUCUCUUAAUAUUAUAUUACUGCU